UUUCUCCUGUUCUCUCGCUUGCUGACACUGUGGCAAUGCUGUCUCAUUCGUGGAUGCCCUGUUAUUUUUUAAAAUUUUACUUUUUACCGGUAUUUUCGUAGCAUUUCAAUAGUGUAUUAACAAUGGCUGACAGUGUUGAUAAUAGUGAUCACCGAGUGAUCGUUAUUAUUGAAGAUAAAGCUGAUAAUAGUGAUACAAGUAAAGUUACUGAUAAGUCUGGUACUUCGCCUGGUCGUAAGAGGAAGGCCCAGCCUGAAACUUGGAAAAUGAAUAUCGCUAAAAAACUUCGUAAUGAGGGUAAGGCUUACAUUAGCCGAAAGACUCACAAAGAAGUAGAAGCACGUAAAAUAGGACCUGCUUGUGCUGACGGGUGUUUUGAGAAAGUUACCAUGCCUGUGAUAGAGGCAUUGUUUAAAGAAUAUUGGGACAUUGGAGAUUACAAUGCCCAAACGUUGUAUUUGCAGAAAUCAAUGGUUUCGGUGCCGUAAAACGUCACAGGGUACCCGCAGAGGAAAGUUCGCGUACACAAACAAAUUUGUACAGUGUGGUGUAUGGAGAUAAGCAUUACAAAGUGUGUAAAAAAGCUUUUAUGGCUAUUUUUGGAAUAGGGGAUAAGAGGGUGCGUGUUGUUUUAGAGAAACUGACAGCGGGGAAAACAGCAAUGGCGGACAAGAGGGGAACAAACGCGAGGGUAUCAAAAUUUUCUGAGGAAAAAGGAGACCUUGUGCGUGAACACAAUAAGAAGCUGCCGACCAUGACCUCUCGUUAUUCUCGGGCAAAAUACCGUAACCUUGCUAAUACUUGCAGCACCUCGGAAUUGACAGCAAAUAAUGAAAAACAUAAACAAAGGGUUUGUGAACAGGCUCAUUUGGGUGAAAUGCAACGUGAGUUUGAUGCUCAUAAAGGGCGUGCUGAAGUUACUGAUGAGCCUGGUACUUCACGUGGUCGUAAGAGGAAGCCCCAGCCUGAAACUUGGAAAAUGAAUAUCGCUAAAAAACUUCGUAAUGAAGGUAAGGCUUACAUUAGCCGAAAGACUCAUAAAGAAGUAGAAGCACGUAAGAUAGGACCUGCUUGUGCUGACGGGUGUUUUGAGAAAGUUACCAUGCCUGUGAUAGAGGCAUUGUUUAAAGAAUAUUGGGGCAUGGGAGAUUACAAUGCCCAAACGUCGUAUUUGCAGAAAUCAAUGGUUUCGGUGCCCGUAAAACGUCACAGGGUACCCGCAGAGGGAAGUUCACGUACACAAACAGCUUUAUACAGUGUGACGUAUGGAGAUAAACGUUACAAAGUGUGCAAAAAAGCUUUUAUGGCUAUUUUUGGAAUAGGGGAUAAGAGGGUGCGUGUUGUUUUGAAGAAACUGACAGAUUGGAAAACAGCAAUGGCGGACAAGAGGGGAACAAACGCGAGGGUGUCAAAAUAUUCUGGGGAAAAAGGAGACUUUGUGCGUGAACACAUCAAGAAGCUGCCGACCAUGACCUCUCGUUAUUCGCGGGCAAAAUCCCCUAACCGCGUGUACAUGGAAUCGAAUCUUAGUGUUGUGAAGUUGUAUGAUAUGUAUGUAAAGUUUAUGAAAGAAGAACAUCCAAAUGUAGAUAUUGUUUCCAUUAAUUUUUAUAGUAACGUUUUUAGGACCGAAUUUAAUAAUAUUGGUUUCGUGCCUCCAGUCGUUGAUAUGUGCAACACCUGUGAUUUAUUGACUGCAAGUAUUGAAAAGUAUGAACGAGUUGGUUGUGAACAGGCUCAGUUUGAAGAAAUGCAACGUGAGUUCCGUGAGUUGGAUGCUCAUAAAGUGCUUGCAACACACGCCAGAACUGUACUAUAUAGCUUUAGUAGUUCAGACAGUGAUGAUUUUAUGGCGUUGUGUUUCAAUCUGCGACAAGCAUUGCCGACACCCAAGCUGAGUACUAGUGUUGCUUUUUAUAAAAGAAAACUGUGGACAUACAACUUUUGUGUUUUUAACUUGAAAACACAGAAAUCGACCAUGUACAUAUGGGAUGAGGUUACGGCACGGCGAGGGUCAUGUGAGAUAAUGAGUUGUGUGAACCAUUACAUUGAGGCUAAUCAUGUUGCCAGGCAGAAAAAGCUUGUUCUUUUUUCUGAUAACUGCGCUCGACAAAAUAAGAACAUCAUCAUGAUCCUCGGAUGUCUAAGGCUGAUGCACAGUAAGAGAUUCGCCAGGAUUGAACAUUACUUCAUGGUGUCUGGCCACGCUUAUAUGCCUUGUGAUCAUCAAUUUGGCUAUAUAGAAGUGAGGCUAAGGAGGGAAUCCACAAUAAGCAGCAAAUAUGAGUACAUGGAACUCAUUAGGAAUGCUGUCAGAGAAGGAUUUCAUGUUGUCGAAAUGACGCAGAAUGACUUCCUGAACUUUGAGCUUCUACAAUCACGCAUCACAAACCGCACGUCUAAAACUACCAGCUUGCAGGAUGCCAGGGUCAUUGUGUAUGACUGCAGGUAUGGGGAGGGGUAUGCCAUCAAGAAUAACUACGACGUGGCAGACACUUCUGACAACCAUCAAGUCCGCCUCAUGAAAGGCAGAGGGAAGUACUCCCAGAUGGCCUUUGACUUGUCUGAGGUAACUCUGCCUCCUAGGUACACCACCCCCAUACCUCUGUCAAAAGAAAAGCUACAAGAUAUCAAGGAUCUGGUGCUUUACGUUACCCCACUUGAGAGCGCCCAGUACUUCAGGGACAUUAUUGACAAACAAGACGGGGGAAGACUUGAUGAUACCCCAGAAGAAGAAGAAGAAGAAGAGGAGGAGGUCCCAGUCAGAGGUGCAGACAUAGAUGCCCUAGAUACUCUUUUAGAGUACCAAUGAUUGUGUUUCACCCUCUUCAUAAUUUAACGUUGAAACUUGGCCCAUUGAGUUGGAUUUGGUACCUGACGUUGCCCCACGGGAGAAUGCCCAGUAAUUCAGGGGUAUUAUUGACACUCAAGAAGGAGGAAGGCAUCAUGAUACCCCUGAAGAAGUAGAAGAGGUCCCAGUUAGAGAUGAUGGCCUGGGCACAAAUUUCAUGUCGAUAUUGCAGUAUUUUCAGCCCAUUAUUUUG